UCUGCAACCAAACCAGAAAUUUUCAGAUUUUUAAUUUUUUUAAAUUUUUUUCUAAAAAAAAUCUUCUCUGUACUGUACACGUCGGCUCAUCAAAUUACUCACAUUUACUACUUUGCCACUCCCCACCCCCUCCUGCUCCUGCUCCUUCUUCUUCUUUAAUCUACAGAGUGCUCUACUCUCGAUAUCAGUAUUUUCUUUUGGGGUUAGGUUUAGCGUUAGGGUUUCCGGUUUUAUCGCCUUGAAUUCGAAUUCACAGUUUAUUGCUUUGGUGGGAGGUGAGGAAGACGGUGUGUUUUCAAAAUUUUGGGGGUUUUAAUCUAUGGUGAAAGCUUCAGGCUGGGAAUGCAGCUCUUUUUAGUGGGUCCUGAAAUUUGAACUUUGUAUCCUUUGUUGUUGCACUAAUUUUACCUUUUGAGAUGAUGGAUGGGCGAAGGCAUUCUGUUGAUAUCCCUAUUUCAAAAACUCUGGUGGCACUUAGGAGAGUGAGGUCACUGAGGGAUCCAUCCACUAACUCCAUGAGUAAAUUCUCUGCUUUGGUUGAUAGUCUGAACUGGGAAACCAAUUCAAGUAAUGGGAUUUCUCUGAGAUUUGUAAAUGGUUUUCAAGAAGGUGGCCCAGAUAAUAAUGGUCUUUUGGGUUUAGAAAAUUUUCCUGGACAAAGAGAGGAACCCUAUGGUGGUUUGAGAAAACCUGACCCUAAGUUGUUUUCAAGUGAGAAUCCAGGUUUCUUUGGAAACACAGGUUUGGCUCCUACAGUAACUAAAAGGGCUGAUGGAUUGGAUUAUUUUGGAACAAUUAAGGAAGAAGCAUAUGAAAAGAAAUCAUUAAGCGAAAGAUAUUGUAGUGAGCUCAGGGAGAACGGAUUGGACUUGAUGAACAUUACACCUUCAAGUAAUGGUUUGGAGGGUGCAGAUUCAUGUAAUGGACCAAUUUUAGGAUCAUCACAUGCUGAACGGACUGAUCAUACUGCAUCAAAAUGGAAAUCCCGAUACAAAAAUCAAUUAAAAUCAUUUACUGGACUGGGUGAUGUUGUGAGUUGUGUAGGUAGUCCUUGCCCAUCACUAAGUGAUGUGCUGCUGGAAGGGUCAAGCCGCAGUACAUCAUUACUUGCAAAUGAAGAGUCUAAUGCUAUUGAUCAUAAUGAUCGUGGAUGUGGGAUAAGGUGCUGCUGGUCAAGAACUCCGAGAUUUAGAGAAUCAAAUCUUCUUUCAGAUGUAGAAGACAAUCCACUGUUAUUGGGGGAAGUUGGUGAGACAAUUCUAUCUGGACAGAAAUGGAGCUGGAAAUGCUUUAACAAUGAAAUUACUCCAUAUUCAGAAAGCCCUAGGAGUCUCAGUCAGAAAUUCAGGCCAAAAGCUUUCAAUGAGUUGGUGGGACAAAAUGUAGUGGCAAGGUCUCUCUUGGGUGCCAUCUCAAGAGGAAGGAUAACCUCCUUUUAUCUCUUUCAUGGUCCUCGUGGUACGGGUAAAACUUCUGCCUCAAGGAUUUUUGCAGCGGCAUUGAAUUGUCUGUCGCUUGAGGAGCAUAGGCCAUGUGGUCUAUGCCGAGAAUGUGUUUUGUUCUUUUCUGGAAGGAGUAGGGACAGUAAAGAGAUAGAUACUGUGAGAAUUAAUCAAACAGGUAGAAUGAGAUCCCUUAUUAAGCAUGCCAUUGGCCGUCCUGUUUCCUCACGAUUUAAGGUCUUCAUAAUUGAUGAGUGCCAUUUGUUGCGAGGGGAAACUUGGGCUACUGUUUUGAAUAGCCUAGAUGACCUUCCUCAACAUGUUGUCUUCAUAAUGAUCACUCCUAGCCUGGAUAAGCUGCCACGGAGUGCAGUGUCACGGUCCCAAAGGUACCACUUUCCAAAGAUAAAAGAUGCUGAUAUUGCAAGCAAAUUGGGGAGAAUCUGUGUUGAAGAAUGUCUAGAAUUUGACCAGGUUGCUUUAGACUUCAUUGCUGCUAAAUCUAAUGGUUCACUUCGGGAUGCAGAGAUGAUGCUUGAUCAGCUGAGCUUGCUUGGAAAAAGAAUUACUAUGUCCAUGACCUAUGAACUUAUUGGAAUUGUUUCUGAUGACGAGUUGCUUGAUUUACUGGAUCUAGCUUUGUCAUCUGACACCUCAAAUACAGUUAGAAGGGCCAGGGAAUUGAUGAGAUCAAGGAUUGAUCCUAUGCAACUGAUAUCACAGCUAGCAAAUCUCAUAAUGGAUAUUCUUGCUGGAAAAUGCCAAGAAGGCACUUCUGAAGUUAGAAGAAAUUUUUUUGAAGGACAUACUUCUGAAGUGGACUUGCAGAAGCUUAGUCAUGCAUUGAAAAUUCUUUCUGAAACUGAGAAACAAUUGAGGGCAUCAAAGAAUCAAACAACGUGGCUGACUGUAGCUCUUCUACAGUUAAGCUCUGUGGAGUCUUCUUUCUUGGAUGCAAAUGAUUCAAGGGCAUUUUUGAGAACAGAGCAUCCAAGAGGGGAAAACGUGAAGCGCCUUGUCACUUGUGCAUGUGACAACAAUAAACCACAUAUAUGUGAAGUACAGGAGGAUUGCAAAGGACAAUUAGAAUUUUUAUGGAAGCAAGCUACUGAAAUAUGUCAAUCCAGUUCACUCAAAAACUUUCUGAGGAAGCAAGGGAAGUUGUCUUCUGUCAUUGUUAGCCAAGGUAUGGCAGUAGCUGAACUGGAAUUCCAGCAUCCUGACUAUGUUUCCAAGGCUGAGAAAUCAUGGAAACUGAUUGCAAGCUCACUCCAGUCUAUCCUGGGUUGUAAUGUGGAGAUUAGGAUCAAUCUUGCACCUUGCACUUCUGUGAAAGGGUAUGCUAAAGUGAAGAAGCCAUCCUUCAGUUUUUUCAGUUGUUCCCGCAGAAUGCGACUUAAAUCACAUUCAACUUCUGAACAUGGAAGUGAUCAGUCUGAUUGUUCUGAUUUCACCUCUGAGAAAGCGAUGAUCAGGGACAAAACUAUAGGAACUUGUUCGUCAGACUGUGGUUCUCAAGUGUCACAUGUCUGCUAUCUGAGAACGGAAGCGGCAAGGACUUUAAGAAAUAGGGAAGGAAAUGUGCUAGGCAUUGGAACAAUCACUCCUCACAGAUCAUUUCAAGAUGAAAUACCAAAGGGGACUGGAUUUGAGGUUGGUUCUUCUAAGGAAGAGCAAAGCAGCUGUGGAUGCCAGGAACCAGAGAAUCAACCAAACUGUCUCUUCAACACUUUUGGAUUCCAUAAAAAGUUACGAUCAUCAGAGGCUUCUCAGAUGACCUGUUUGAGGUACCAAGCACAAAACAAGCUUGCAUUGUCUGUCCCCAAGAAUACAUCUUUUGAACCAUAUUUCUGGGCCAAUGAUCGUUAUGCUUUCUCCAGCAGCUCUAACAAUUUUAAUUCCUGCCCCAGAGAUGAGGAUGGACUGAGGGAGGAUUCCAAGGUACAUUGCUGGGGAGCCCCCACGUUUCCUCUGAAGAAGGCUUGGCAAUCAAGGCAUCGACGGGAAGGAUCGAAUCUAGUGGGGUGGGUUCUACCAUGUGGCGCAACAAAGUAGGUUGCCUAGAGGAGGAAUUAUUAGCAGCAUUCUGUCAUAGCUGCGUGGAUUCUUGAUGCAUAUUCAUACCUUAAAAUUUGUAUGAGUCUAUGUAUAUGUCAUGGGAGUUUGUGAUUCAGAUAUGUUUUAUGGGAGCCUCCACCUCCAUACACAUGAAUGUAAAUCUUAAUCUGUGAGUUGAAGUGCUGAAUCUUAGUAGUGUAGUGGAGCAGUGCUUCAUUUGAUUUUAUAGGACAUCAUGGUUCCUAUACCAUUAUAUAAAAUGUCUGUAAAAGAUCUGAUGAUAUGAUAUGAUAUGAUUUCAUUUUCAUAUUCCUCUGAA